AAUAAUUGUUUGAACUAAUCCAAAAAUUAGAUGAAUUACCAUAACACCAGAAGUUACUAUUAAUUGAAUGCACCAAACAUAUUGUCUACAAAAAGGGUUCCAAGUUUGACACCUCCUAAAAAUGAUCUAAAUAGUAACUCAAAGGAUAAAAUGUAUAUAAAAAUUGUUAAUUAGUAAUAAAUAAUAGCAAGAAAAAGCUUCGAAUAGUCAAUUUAAAGCAGAAGAUUUAUAUUUACCAAUUUAGAAUGCUUAGUUUUUACAAAAAUAAAAUACAAUCUUAUCUGCUAGAAAAGCUACAAUUAAUUUGAGUGAUAGUUCAGAUAAACUUAGAAAAACAUCUCCUAAUUAAAAGUAUAGAGCCAAAAUAUUUUAAGAUCUCCAAACAAUCCAAGGUUGUCUACAAUAUAAAAAAACAAAAUAAUCAGCAUCUCGUAAUCAUAAUAAGCAAUAGCUUAAGUCUUAGUAAAAAUGCAAGAAAAUAAUAAUAUAUCUAAUAUCAACAAAUAAUGUAUUCUAAAUAGAUUGAAUUAGUGUAUCAAAUUCCAGAAUUAGAAUAAACAAAGAAAAGUACUAUCAAUAGUAAGGAAUAUUCUAAUUCCUCAAAACAUAAGACAGAAGAUUAUCAAAAACUAAAGAAGGAAAACUUGAUCCUUUAAAAUAAGUUAUAUAAGUUAGAAUUAAAGGUAUUGUUAUGAAAAUCAAAUAGAUUAUGGAAUUGUAAAAGGUUAACUAGUAGUUACUAAAUCUGGCCAAUUCAUGUGAUUGUCAUUAAUCUUAAUUAAAAGAUUUAGAAAUAACAAUUAAUGAUAUGGGUCAGAUUUAAGAGAUAGUCAAUCCAUUAUAAUUUGAUAAUGUUGGUCUUUUAGAUUUAUAAACAAAAGAAAACCUAUAAAAUAAAAGAGAAUCAUACUGUUAAGAAGUGUCUGAAAUAAAGUCUAACAAUUUCUUUGAAAAUGGAAAUUCGGAUAAAAUAAUUGAACAACUAUUUGAACAAUAUUUAUCUAAUUUUUAAGAAUUAACAGUAUUUAAAGGCUUAACUAAAAUUAUGGAACAAUCAAAUAUGCCUAUUCCUUCAGUACUGAAAACAUUAUCUUUAGUUAUUAAUAUAUGAACUUUUUAUAAAUAUUUUAAUUAGAUGACAUCGAUCUCGAGUGCCAAUGGAUACAUACUCAUAGCCAUGUAAAUGUUAGUUAAUACUGCUUCAUCAAUCGUCUUUAAGUUAUAAUCAAAAAUAACAAUCAAUAAUUAGGAAUUUAAUCAUCCAUUUACUUAAACACUUACAAUGUUUUUCGGUGAAUCAAUUUGUUAUAUUAUAUUUUUGUUAUACAAAUCUUUUAAUUAUUCAAAAUAUUUAUACGAACUGGAAAUUGCUAAAAAAUUGAAAUAAGAAACAAAGAUUAAUUAUUUAGUAGUAAUAAUUCCAACUUUAUGUGAUUUGGUUGCAAGUUGUUUAGCAUUUUUUGCAUUGUCAUUAAUGCCUACAUCAGUUUAUUAGAUGUUGAGAGGAGCAACAGUUGUAAUAACUGCAAUAUUUUCAGUAAUAUUUUUAAAAAAAGUUCCAACUAAACACUAAAUAUUAGGAAUGUCUUUAGUAGUAUUAGGGAAUUUAAUUGUCGGUAUUACUAUAUAUUUUAAAUAAACACAAUCAGAUUAUUUAAUUGGAGUGUUAUUUUUAUGUUUAUCUUUUUUUAUUUUUUCAGUUUAAGUGAUUUUAGAGGAGAAAUAUUUUAGAAAAUACUAUUUAAAUCCUUUUGAAUUAGUUGGUUUGGAAGGAUUAUGGGGUUUGGUAUUUACUUCUAUUUUGUUGGUGAUUUUAGAAAUUAUUCCAUGCCCAUCAAAUAUGCAAAGCGGCUGUCCUUAGAAUUCAGAUGGAAAAUAUUAUUUAGAAUAAACAAUUUAAUUUUUUUAGGUGGUUUUUUCAUUUAAGAAUUAAAGUUAUUAGCCAUAAUUGUUUUUACUAAUAAUUGCAGAAGCAACAUCAAUUUUAUUAUUAAAUUCUAUUUGUAUGGCUGUAGUAAAAUAUUUGAGUGCUUUGACAAAAAGUGUAGUAUAAGUAACAACAAUUGCAUUAGUAUGGAUAACUUGCUUAAUAAUAGGGUGGGAGAAUUUUUAUUGGGGUUAAUUAAUUGGAUUUAUAAUAUUAGUCUUUGGAUCAUUAAUUUAUAACAGUAUAAUAAAAUUGCCAUUUAAAGUAUAAAUUAAUCAAUAAAUUUAGUGUUUAGAAUAAAAGAAUUAAGUCAAUGAAUAAGAGAAAAAGAGUAUAAAUGAAGAAUUAUUAAAUUGA